CAUCACCUCAACCACCGCGCAACCUACUCAUACCGCUCAACCUCCCUCCCAUCUACGUUAUCUACCAAACAAUGUCCUACCCCGUCUACACCACCGAAGAAAUCGGCGAGCGGAACCACAUCGCCAUCUACAUCGAGACCGUCCCGGACGCUGCCCCGCAGGCCAUCCGCGGUCGCCUCUACCAUGUUGUCGGCACCAUUCUGAUGGGCAUGACUUAUGCGCCCCGCGACACUCCCGAUCCUGAAACCAUUCCGGGCCAUGUGCCAGGCUCGAAGAAGAAAAUCGCGACCAUUGCUAAAGAUGAUUUGAUCCGAUUUGAGCAGGAGUGCUGUGAGGUCGUGCCGCCGCCUACAGCCCAGGUGACCAUUAGUGGGAAACGCUUGGAUCCGUCGAAGCCGUUGUAUCGCUGUGGUGGGUGGAUCGAGGAUGUGAAGAAGAUGGCAUUUGAGAAGGGGAUUUUCAAAGACGAGAAGUAGAGCAGGCUGUGGUUGUAUGUGACGCGUUAUUAAUGGAAAGCUACUUCAUACUAUAUGGGGUUGUGUACGGCAAAGUAUACAGCAAAGUUGACGCCCGAUUCACGCCUGCCAAUGAUGCAAAGGGAACGGACAAACUGUCCGGGGAUCCUCA